ACCCGGACGGCGCGCGGGCUGCGGGCUGCGGGCAGCGGGCAGGGAGGGCGGCCGGCGGGCAGCGGCCCCGGCCCCGCCGCGCGCACCGCCAUGGUGGGCCGGCUGAGUCUGCAGGAUGUGCCGGAGCUCGUGGACACGAAGAAGAAGGGCGACGGCGUCCUGGACAGUCCGGACUCGGGGCUGCCCCCCAGCCCCAGCCCCAGCCACUGGGCGCUCGCGGCGGCGGGGGGCGGCGGCGGCGCCGGGGGGGAGCGCGCGCCCGCCCCCGGGGCGCUGGAGCCCGACGCGGCGACAACCCCCGCGGCCCCGGCUCCGGCUUCCCUCCCCAACCCCCUGGCCUCCGGCUGCUCGCCCAGGUUAUGCCCACUGUCCUUUGGCGAAGGAGUGGAGUUUGACCCCUUACCACCGAUGGAAGUAAGGUACACGUCCUCGGUCAAGUACGACUCUGAGCGGCACUUCAUUGACGACGUCCACCUGCCGCUGGGCCUGGCCGUGGCCUCCUGCAGCCAGACCAUCACCUGCAUCCCCAGGUGCACGUGGCGCAACUACAAGGCCGAGGUGCACUUCGAGCCCCGGCACAAGCCCAGCCGGUUCCUCAGCACCACCAUCGUUUACCCCAAGUACCCCAAGACCGUCUACACCACCACCCUGGAUUACAACUGCCGCAAGACCCUGAGGAGGUUCCUGUCCAGCGUGGAGCUGGAAGCCGCGGAGUUCGCGGGCGGCGACUACCUGUCGGAUGAGAGCUGACUGGGGCAGGCUGGGGGCUGGACCGGCCGUCCCGUCCUGGUCGGCUUGGGCCAGGCUGCCCUUGCUGGUCAUGCCAGCCCCGGGAGCGUCUGACCCAGAGAUUCGUCUAAGCCCAGAAGAAAAAACAUCACAGUAUCUUCCAAUGAGAAAGAGAUUUUGGUUUUUACCUUUUUUUUUUUUUUUCCCUUCAAAUUUUGUUAUUUUUGUUUGUUUGUUUCGGCCGCCCCGUGGCAUAUGGAGUUCCCGGGCCAGGGAUCAGAUCUGAGCCACAGUUGUGACCUACACGGCAGCUGGGGCAACGCCAGAUCCUUAACCCACUCUGCCGGGCUGGGGGGUCAAAUCUGCAUCCCAGUGCUCAGAGCAGCACCGAUCCGCUGCACCACAGCGGGAGCUCUCGCAUUGUUUUUCGAAGGGGUGUGUUUCCUCGUCUGCUGCUACAUAGCUUUCCCAGAGUCCCAAUUUCAUGAGGAAGUAAAAGGAUAGCUAGAGCCAAAGGAAAAGGGCCCCGAUUUGAAAUACGGAGGUGGGGGAGCCCUUCCGUUGGUCAGUUUGUCUGAGGAAGAGCGUGGAACAAAAUCUCUGAGAUGGAAAAAGUGAAUUUGAAGAAAUUUCAGCCCCGGGUGUCCUCACUGCUGCGAGAGUGGUGCUAAUUCAGUGAGCUGUGACACCCAUAUGGGUUCAAUCUGCAGAGAAUUGAGUUCCAUUCUGUUUCUUUUCUUUUUCUUUUUUAUUUCCAUUUGGAUUUCCUGUUAACCGAAACGCUUGGAAUUCUCUAAAUCUUUUUUGCGAUAUCAAAAAACCCCAAACCAUAAUAUAUGAAGGCUUUCCAAAAAAAAAAAGGAAAAAAAGAAAAAAGAAAAGGUUCCCCCUGACCUCACAGCUACACAGGGAUCAGGUCAACUGAUGGCCGGGUUUGGGGGUGGUGGCCUGGUUCCAGUUCCUUCCUCGGGUGGGUCCCAAGCACAGGCCCUGGCGAAGCGCCUUGAACCCUUGGCAUCUGGUAAUGUCUCCACAGGCUUGUGUAACUCUCCUGAUAUGUAUUUUGGGGUUUCCAAAUUCUUUCCUAUUUUUUUUCAUGAGGCGAAACAGAGCCGAGGGCCCCCUGGCCAGAAAGGGCCUAUUUUGAAAGACUGCUUAGGGAAAACCACAUGCUGGGGGGGACCCCACCAGGGGGUGUCCCUCACGGUGGGAGCCGCUGGCCACACCCCGGGACUGGACACCCUCUGGGAGGAGGCGGCUGUAGGUGUUGCUGGUGAUCUGGUUCAUCGAGGUGGGUGUCCUUCCAGCGCCCUUGGGCCAGCGCUGCCGAGGAAUUCUGCUGGCGCCUGAGGUCUAAGGACCUCUGCCCCCCGCCCCCAGCCCAGGUGAUGCAACGGUGCAUUCAGCAGAGGGAGUGUUGCACAUCAAACCCCGAAGCCUGGGCGCCGUGGUGUCUGUGCGCGGCUCGGCGUUGGGGUUUGUGUAAGUGUUGGUGUUGGCUGGGUCCAGAAGCGAGUCUGUGAAUCCUGCAGAAGCCGGGAUGCAGGCUGGGCCCGGCCUUCAGCCUCCUGCCUGCCCCACCUCCCCCGGCCCGUUCUUCCUCCUGCCCAUCCCCGUGGGUUUUGAGUAAAGCCAAGUGGCGGGUGGCUUUUGCUCCUCUGAUGUUGGAAAGAACAGGCCGUGGCUGUUCCCUUUGGAUCCAUCCACAUUGUGACAAGGGCUUGGGGCUCGCCGAGUCCGGAAGCUCCGACAUACGCUGUGUCUCUGGGCUUCUGCUGACGGCUCCCAUCGGUCCUGCAGGCAGACUUGAUAGCUCGGUGGGUACCCUGGAGCCACGGCAGGCGGGAACUUUUGUUCUGAGGAGACCAGGUGUGAUGGUGACACCUGUCGUUUAGCGUCAUCAGAGGCCUGCGGGCCAAGUCGUCUGCUGUCCUCUUCAGAUUUAAUAGUGUUCAGUCCGUCCUGCACCUGCUCAGAAGCAUCCCUUCAGUGGAUCCUGCAAGCGGCUCCGUGGUCCCGUUUGUUAGGGUGAAGCUCAACAGGGACCCCUCGAGGGGGCACCCCAGGACCCCAGAGUCGCCUGUCAUCAUGAAGAGCAGCAGACGCCUCCUGUGUUAAGAAAAGAAAAUUGCACAGGCAUUAUUGAUGAAUGUGGACUUUUCUGAUUUCAUCAUCUUGUCAUUUAAGAUGAAUGGUAAAUGUAAUAUUUAUGGUAAGAGAUGGAGUUCCCUGGUGGCUCAGUGGGUUAAGGACUGAGUCACUGCAGUCACAGCUGUGGCUUGGGUUCAGUCUCUGGCCUGGAAACUUCUAAAUGCUGCGGGUGAGGCCCCAAACAAAACAAAACUAUGGUAAGAGAAUUCUCAAGGUUUUGCUUUGGCUUGCGGGGGGGGCACUGGAUGAGCUCAGAGCAGUGUUGUGAGUGGCACGGCCCCCACGAGGGGGGAGACGAGGGUGGGAGAACAUGGCCUUGGAACACAGCCCACUGGAUAUGCACAGAUGAGAUUUUUGGAUAUGAAAUGUAUCAGUAAAGUAAGUCGUGAGCGAUUGCAGGUGUGUCAUGUGAGUGGAAGAGCAGAUUUUGUUAAGUUAUUCACUAGGGACUUGAUUGUAGUUCGUUCCAAUCCUUUUUCUCCAAGUCUGCUUUGCUGAAAGUGCAGGAAAGGGUGUGUGUGAAGACACAAAGGGACAGGGCAGGUGGAUGGAGUGACGUCCAUCAGUGGUGGAGUCGUAUUGGUUUGCAAGGUGGAAGCAGUGAUUUUUUUUUUAAAGACCCCACCAAUUAAAUACAAACAUUCCUAAGCGUGUCUGGGAACUACCGUUUACUUAUGAAUUAAAAAGUCUUUUUUCUCAGACUCUUAAAUUAUGUCAUUUAUGUAAUAAGGAUGAUUUGUUUUUCAGAGAAAAUUCUCUUUUGAAAUCACAGAUCUUUUAAAAAGAAUCAGUAUUCCAUUUGAUACUUGUCCUGUUUCUAACCUUAGGAAUAGUAUUUGAUGAAAAUGACUUUUUAAAUUUAUCUUUGGCAACUGUCCCCCUCCAUUUUGCUUUAUGACUUCUUCAUUUAAUAAUAAAUUAUCUUUUAAAAAAA